AUGGCGGACAGACACAGAGGUCGUGGUAGACCCAGAACUCAAAAUUCUGACUCUGAACCGCCAAGUGGUAGUGAAGAUUUUCAAUGGCCUCAGUUUGUGCAACAGAUGCAACAUCAACAAAAUCAAUUUAUGCAACAAAUGAUGCAACAGUGGAAUGGUGGUCUUCAUCCUCAAGGGGUUCCACAAGAAGCUGUAGGUGGUAGUUUCCGGGAUUUCUUUCGCAUGAAUCCUCCUGAGUUCCAUGGUAGAUUAAAUCCUGUGAAGGCUCGUGAGUGGAUAACCAUCAUGGAAAUGAUUUUUCAAAUAAUGCGCUGUAGUGAAGAGAAUAAGGUUGUGUUUACUUCUCACAUGAUGAAGGGUCCCGUUGUGAGAUGGUGGGAGAAUGCAUCGACUCUUAUGACCAAUCAAGGGGUACCUAGAGAUUGGGAGCAUUUUAAGACUACUUUCUUGGAUGAGUAUUUUCCUAGCUCUUUGAGGACUCAAAAAGAAUUUGAGUUUCAACAGCUUAGACAAGGUACUAUGAAAGUAGCUGUGUAUGCUGAGAAGUUUGAAGAUAUGACUGCUUAUUCUAGACAGGCCGAGUACGCACCAGAUGAGAAAUGGAAGAUCGAUCAAUUCCUUUUUGGUCUAAGAGGUGAAAUUUCUCAUAGUGUUUCUCAAAGGGAAUUCACUACUUAUGCUGAAUUGCUAAGGCAAUGCUAUGUGGCUGAGAAUAAUUUGAAAAAAGUUCAAGAAGAAAGGGAUCAGUAUAGGAGUGGACAAAAGGACCAAGGGAGGCCAGGUAACCAGUUUAGACCUAGACCUCAAGCUUUAAAGGGAAAACAAGUGCAACAUGCAAGGCCUAACCAUCCUCCGCAAUGUCGAGUAUGUAAGAGGUCUCAUUUUAGAAGAUGUGCUGGAAGUGGAAUUAAGUGUUUUACUUGUCAGAGGGAGGGACACACGGAUAUGGAUUGUCCUCAGAAUAAGAAUCAGAUGCAGGGGAGGAGCACUGGUCGAGUUUAUACUUUGGAUGCAAGGAAGGCUAAGAGCAACAAUGCCUUAAUUGCUAGUACAUGUCUCGUCAAUGAUCAUCCUUGUUUUGUAUUGUUUGAUUAUGGGGCGACACACUCUUUUGUAUCAAUUCAGUGCAUGAAGCGUAUUGGCUUGUAA